AUGGGCGAGUCUAUAAACUUUGCCACUUUGAAUCCCGCUAACAGGGGAAGUUCGGAGGAAACGAGAUCCGUUGAGGACUCCAACAAUACGAGGGAUACUGACGUUGACAUGGAGUCUUCUCUGAAGAGUGUCUCCCCCACUGACCAAUUACCUGACGAUGGUAAGCAUCUUUUAUACACAGACUUGAAGAACGGGUCUCCGAUGAAGACAUCGGACCGGUUGAUCGAUGAUAUCCUGUGUGAUUUAAGUCUAAAUGGACAGAGCCAGUGUCUCUUGUCGGAACAAUCUCAAGGUAUCCUCAAGCUGCUGCCGAUUAUUUACUCAAAGCAAAGACAACAACUGCAAAAUGUGUCCAUACUAGGGUCGCUACUAGAUCAGGUACUUUUCCAGACAAAGUUCGAGUACAGCUCAGUGUCCUGUCCGCAACACAACAAACUGCAAGUAUUUCUAGGUGUAUUGCUUAACGUGAGCUCCAGUUUCGAAUCUACCGAUGAUGUGGUGAGAUCUCCACUGUUUCAUUUAAAGGUCACAGUGAAGACAAGAUCACAGCUGGAACUGUACAAGAAACAUGCCGGUGUCUCACAAUUUUUCUCCGUUGACAGUUUGCACUCUUACGAUAAAGAAGAUUUGGGCACAUUCGAUCCCGAAGAUACACGAUUGAUCGAUUACGCUAUCUACGUUUCGUCAGAUACUAACAAGCUGGUACUGAUCGAGAUCUUCCACCCAGAGUUUAAUACCUCAGAGGAAAUCGAAAGCUUCACCGUGGAUGGGAUUAGGAAAAGGUACGUGGACACUUGCUCGCGUUUGGACUCGUUGAAUCCGGAAGACAUCCCUAACCAAUUUGACUGUUUGAAUACCUUGUACAAAACUUUCAAAAAUCCAAUCAAUAAGACGGACCCUUCGGCACCGUUGCAAACAAUAAAGGCCAGUAAUCCGAUUCUUAAUUCCCACAUGAAUGCUAAUUGGCUGACUGAGAGAUAUGGGUUUACUCUGCUACCGGGGGAAAACGAGGAUGAUGAGGACGAAUACGAGCCACCUAAUUUCACGACCUAUAUCAUGGAUCCGAAAGUCAGAAAGAUGAAGGAAUGUUACAUUAGGAAAUGUCUGCAAUUGAUCUUCUGGGCGAAACUGAUGAUCGAAGUGGUGGACAACACACAAAGGUCUAAGCUAGCGGCGAGCUCCAAAUCGUUCAAAUCGUUAAGCGGUAUUGCUGUGCAAAAUACCAGUAAACCGCUGUAUCAACUAUUCGGUGAGUCGAAGAACGCUUUCCUCAACAGCAAUGAUCAAAACUACAUGUGGGAUACCAAUUAUCACUUCAUUGCUUUGUCUGCAUCCUACCACUAUAACGACAGAGAUAUUAUCAUGAAUUAUGAAACCUACAGUGUUAUUGACAAAGGCAACAUUGGAAUAUACUUUGACGCAAUACAGUUCAUUGCCAACAGGAAGGGAUCGUAUCAACUACUAGCCUAUUGUGGAAAACAAAAUAUUGUUGGGCACGAAGCGCUGGAGGCUGCCAUGCGCGCUUUUAAACUGGAUCCGGCUGCAAUAGACAUUAACAAGCUGGAUAUUUCGCUUUUGUUGUCCAUGUACAAGCACGAGCAAAUCUCCAAUCAAAAUACAAGUCAUCUCAGUGACCUAAAGAAUGCAUUGAGAGUUCUUGCCAAAUUUAAAGACAAUCGGUUUGUCAAGUUUUACGUUGAUCAUGAACCUUACAAAACAGUGUCACAAGCAUAUAACGAACUGGAAGUUGAUGAGUCUGUCGAUGACGAUAUCAUUCAAACUGCGUACAGUAUCAAGGUGAACGAUUCCCCAGGGUUGAAAAUUGAAUGUAUCAGGGCUCUGUACACCAUUGCGAUCAACAAAAGGAGUAUGGCGCUGUUCAAUUACUUGAUCGAAGAAUGUCCCGAAUUUCAAGACUUCUACGGUCCUGAGAAGUAUUCUUACGAACAAGCGUUAGCUAUUAUCCAAGUGAACGAAAAUGCCAGCGAUGAAAUGAUUCUACAAAUAUUCCAAAAAAAAUGGAACGAUGAACCCUUGGUUGAGUACGACCAGUUUUUAUCACUAAAGGCUGCAUUACUGAAACUGUGCAUUGAGAAGAAUUCGAAAUUAAUAUCUCAUUUCCUAACAACGGGUCUAAUUGAUCCGUCAUGUUUGCCUGUAGAGAACUGGCCCAUUGGGUUGAACAAUAUCGGGAACACAUGCUACUUGAACUCUUUAUUACAAUACUAUUUUGCUAUUGCGCCAUUGAGGAACUACAUAUGCUCGUACCAAAGUACGACUGAAAGUUUUGAGGCUACUGAUACAGAUGCUAAGAUAAAUAGGAGAAUAGGUGGUAGGCAGGUUUGUGCUAGUGAAGUUGAGAGAUCGAUCCAGUUUACCUACCAACUGAGAGAUUUGUUCAACGGGAUGAUCUUCAGUAACUCCAGGUGUGUGUCUCCAACUCAGGAGUUGGCAUAUUUGGCUUUCUCCCCCAGUAACAUCGAGGUUGAAUUUGACGCUGGCUCCGGCAUCGCAAGUGAGAGUGGUGGAACCUUCAGUUUGAAUGGCAAGGAUACCGAUGCGCCGUUGACCGACAUGCCAUUAAAUGAAGACGUGACGAUGACCGAGGCUGGUGAACCGCAAUUGGACGAUACUGGAUUAUUGGCACCUGUAGAGGCUGAUGUCCCAGUAGACCAAAUGAAACUGGCCAAGGAGGUGAUAAAUAGUUCCACGAAAGUGGCCAAGAUUGGUUCCGAUCAACUGGAGAACGCGUUGGAGUUGGGCAGGCAGCAGGACGUUACCGAGUGUAUUGGUAACGUUUUGUACCAGUUAGAGAGUGCGUCUGAUCCGAUCAAACUGGACGAGGACAACGAGCAGUACGAUCUCAUCAAGCACUUGUUCUACGGGAAGACUAGACAGGAUAUUGUUCCGCUCUCGAACUCGACGGACGUUCGUUCCAAGUACGAACGGUUUUUAUCGUUAUUGGUCAAUGUGAGUGAUCACCCGAAGGACAUAUACGAUGCACUAGACUCAUAUUUCAUGGAGGAGUAUCUUACACUGGAGGAGUACGGAGACGUGAGAAGGACUGUGGCGAUUACAGAGUUCCCGACGAUUUUGCAGAUCCAGAUACAGAGGGUGUACUACGACAGGGAGAGGUUCAUGCCGUUUAAGUCCAUCGAACCGAUCCCCUUCAACAGUACGUUGUACAUGGACCGAUACGCGGCCACGGACGACCCGGUUAUGUUGACCAAGAGACGCGAGACCUCCGAAUUGAAGACACGUUUGCGGGAGUGCAAAGUUCGUCAACAGGAGUUACUAUCCAGAAACGAUAUGGGUCUCUCCCGCAAGGAGGCGUACACAGAGACGAUGAAAAUGCUCCAAUCGGACUUCCUCGAACAGGUCCCCUCUGUACGUGGUGAGGACCAGACCGCAGUGGUAUCCGGGCUCUCGGACAUGGUCGCGAGCAUCGACGAAGAACUGGUGCAAUUGUAUACGGAGAUCGGGCAGCUAGAAACGCAGAUCGACCACCAGUUCGACUCCUUCCAGAAAGUCGGGUACUCGCUGUUCGCGGUGUUCAUCCACCGCGGGGAGGCCAGCUACGGCCACUACUGGGUCUACGUGAAGGAUUUCAAGAACAGCGGGAUCUGGCGCAAGUACAACGACGAGACCGUCUCGGAAGUGCCCGAGGAGGAAGUGUUCAACUUCACAGAGGGGAACAACGCGACACCGUACUUCCUCGUACUCGUGAAGCAGACGCACGAGCAAGACAUCGAGCCCUUACACCGAAUCAUCGACAACACGCAGCGGUAA